AUGUUCACAUGCAAGCAUUUUGCUAUAGGAAAACAAAAUAGUUUUACCUGUAAUGAUAAGAUAAAAAUUAUUCAAAACAUUUUGUUUUUAAAAUCUCUUGUCUGUAGAAUUUCAUUUGGAAUGGGUGAGUGUGAGUAAAAGUAAACUUUGAGAAACACAUGUCUAGAUCAAUAAAAUUACUGGUAAUGGCCGAUUCAAGAGAAGAACACGGAGGAGGGCAAGCCCCUAUGUUAUGCCAAAUCUGUGAGAUUGCCAGAGGUAUAGAGUGGAAGUGCUUGGAUUGUGAUUUACUUAUGUGUCAAAAAUGUAAGGAAAAAAUCCAUCCAAAGUUCAAGUUAGCCAAUGAACACAAAAUUGUCAACAUUAAAGAUGUCGGACAUAAGGAAGUUCAAAUUAGAAGUUGUGAAGAAGAAAUAUAUUUUGGUAAUAUCAAAUGUACCGAACAUUCUGAAGAAACUUGCUGCUUGUACUGUAAAGUAUGUGAUAAACUUAUCUGUAUGCAAUGUGUUACAAAAACACAUAAAUCACAUAUUUUUGAAGAAAUAAGCAAUGGUUAUUCAAUCAGAAAAGAAAAUUUAAAGAAACAUGCCAUAACACUGAAAGAACAAGACAAAACUUUAACAAAUGAUAUUGAAAAAUUGAUUAAAAUAAAAGAAGAGGAUAAACUUCAAUCUGGACAAGUUAAAAAAGAAAUCACAACUCAUGAAAAGUCUGUAAAGGAUGAAGUUGAACAAUAUACAAAAUCUUUAAUAGAUGAACUGGACACAAAAUGGGGUUCACGUCAAACCGCAAUUGAUAAAGAAAUAGACCGAGUCAAUGAGUUAAAGAUAAAAAUUCAACAAAAGGUGAAGAAAUCAGAAGAUGUAAUGAAUAUCAAAGAAGUUACGGAUUUUUUUCAGAAGACUGAAGAAAUUAAAAAUUAUAUUAAAGAAGAUGUCCAAAUCUCUCCACUUGAAAAAGAUAGUAUACCUAGUUUUAUAUCAGGAAAACUAUGUCAAAAUUGCAAUUUUGGAAAUUUAAAAUCAAAAAAUGAAAUGGAUGAAGAAAAAAAAUCUUCUAUGAAGAUUGAAUUAAAGAUUGGAAAAAAAUAUUCAACAAAUCUCCUCAGUAUUAUGAGAGUAAAACACUCCAUUGAUUGAAGUAUUUGGGUAUAUUCACCAUCAGAUGAUGAUCAUAAAACUGGAUCAUUGCAAAAACUAAAGCUGAUUGAAAACACUCUUCAUGAGAUCUCCA